GUCGCGUUGACGCGUCUGCAGCGCAGCCUCAUUGUGAAUUCGAGAUGGCGUGCGUGGGCACGGUCUAUCUCUCAGUCUGACGACAGUGUAGAGCGCCGGAAGUGGGCCACGGGGUCUGUUGUUGAUGUUGUCGGGUUGAGCCGUGGGUGAGGCCUGGACCCUCCUCGGGCGCCGGGACCGCAGGGUCGGGAUUUCACCGAUUAAGAUCAGGAACUCCUUAAAAUCAAGGCAAGAUGGAAUCUGGGACUGUACAAAACAAGAAUCCGUCUGCUUCUGAGGAAUCUGCUGGUGUGUUGGGCCGCGAUGAACCAAAAAAGAUGACUCGAGAGGACUGGAGAAAAAAGAAAGAAUUAGAAGAGCAAAGAAAGCUUGGUAAUGCUCCAGCAGAAGUUGAUGAAGAAGGAAAAGACAUCAACCCACACAUUCCUCAGUAUAUAUCAUCAGUUCCAUGGUACAUUGAUCCUUCCAAAAGACCAACUCUCAAACAUCAAAGGCCGCAACUUGAGAAAGAAAAGAAAUUCAAUUUGAUUGGAGAGUGGUACAAGAAAGGUAUACAGGAGGGUCCCUUGGUUACCAAAUACCGGAGAGGUGCAUGUGAAAAUUGUGGAGCACUAACACAUGUGAAAAAAGAUUGCAUGGAAAGACCCAGAAAAGUAGGAGCAAAAUUUACAGGUAUCAACAUUGCUGCAGAUGAGCACAUACAGCCAACACUUUCAUUUGACUAUGAUGGAAAGCGUGAUCGUUGGAAUGGUUAUGAUUCAGAGGAACACAUGAGGAUUGUGGAGGAAUAUUCAAAAGUUGACUUGGCCAAGCGGACUCUUAAAGCUCAGAAACUGCAGGAAGAGCUAGCAUCUGGGAAGUUGGUGGACUAUGUGAAUUCUUCAAGAUCUCAGUGGGGAGAAGAGGACCAUAAUUCAGGAGAAAAGGACAACAGUGAAGAUGAGGAUGAAGAUAAGUAUGCUGAUGAUAUUGAUAUGCCUGGGCAAAACUUCGACUCCAAGAGAAGAAUUACAGUUAGAAAUCUCCGCAUUCGUGAGGACAUUGCAAAAUAUCUCAGAAACUUGGAUCCAAAUUCAGCAUACUAUGAUCCGAAAACAAGAGCCAUGAGGGAGAAUCCCUAUUCUAACACCGGCAGAAAUCCAGAUGAAGUUGGCUAUGCAGGAGAUAACUUUGUGCGUUACACAGGUGACACAGUCAGAAUGGCACAGACACAGUUGUUUGCCUGGGAGGCUUAUGAGAAAGGUUCAGAGGUUCACCUCCAAGCUGAUCCUACAAAGCUUGAAGUCCUUCAUCAGUCCUUCAAAGUUAAGAAAGAAGAGUUUGAGAAACAACAAAAAGGAAGCAUUUUGGAGAAGUAUGGAGGCCAGGAGCAUCUGAAUGUUCCGCCACGGGAGUUGCUGCUAGCUCAGACGGAGGAUUAUGUAGAGUAUUCAAGGCAUGGUGCUGUCUUAAAGGGUCAAGAGAAAGCAGUUAUAAAGUCCAAGUAUGAGGAGGAUGUCCUGAUUGGUAACCAUAAAUCUGUAUGGGGAUCCUACUGGAAAGAUGGGAAAUGGGGGUACAAAUGCUGCCAUUCAUUUAUCAAAACUUCCUACUGUACUGGCGAAGCAGGGAAGCAGAUUGCUGAGGAGGAUGACACCACAUGUCUACCUGAAAUUCCAGAUUCUAACCAGCAGGCAUGUGACAGCAUACCAAAAACUUUAGUUGAGAUACAUAAAGAAAAGCUUAAAGCAGACAAGAAGAAGAAAAAGAAACGCAAGAAAAGUCAUGGCUCAGACAGUGAAGAUGAAGAUGCAAAAAAGAAAGAAAAACUGAACAAGGCCCUGGUAGCUGAAGAAGCUCGUUUGAAGCAGGUUGAACACAUUUUGCAAAUGGAUGAACGUAAACGAGGUUAUAACAGCAUAUAUGAAACAAAAGAGCCCACAGAAGAAGAAAUGGAGGCAUACAGAAUGAAACGCCAGAGACCUGAAGAUCCUAUGGCUUCUUUCCUCGGGCAAUAAUAAACAUUUUUUUUCAAUCUCAAAUCAUUUCAAUGCCUUGAUUGUGUCUGCAAAAGAUUAAACUUGGAAUUCAAUACAAAAUUUAUUCAAUGACUUCCUUUGAAGGACUACAUAAUAUGUGUAAUAUUUGCUGCGUGGUGGAACUGCCAUUUUACAUUGUCUGGCUCUUGUGAAUUUUGUCAGGGUUAGAGAAAUAGAUUUAUAUUCUAUGAAGAUUUUCCUUAGUAGUGCAAGUCUGCAUUAUGUACUCCAAGUAAAUUGAAUUCAUUCAUAUGUGAAAUACACAUUUGUUAAGGUGAAAAUCUGCCAGUUCAUUUCUUGUUUUACCAUAAGUUCUCAACCAUGAAAUCGUAAACACAAUUUCCGCAGAGAAUGAAUGCAGUUUCUCUUUUCCCCUGUUGGCACUGUGGUCACAUCAUUUUACCAGUACCUCUUCAGUUUUAAUGUUUGAAUUCCAGCUUCAGUGAAUACAAAUUUAGGUUCCAUUGCUUCUUAUUGUAUAAGCAGUUGCUGCAAAAUAACAUGGCUCCAAGGAUGAUACUUCCCAUUUAUGAUGACCUAUUUAUUAAACAGCCCAUCCUCUCAUUCUUGAACUACGUUCCCAAAAUAUACUCCGUCACAUCAAACGACCAUCACUUUGUCAAUGCCACUCGUAUAUUGAUCACAAUUUUAAGGAAAUUGAAUACGUUUCUCAAAGGUAUUGCAUAUGUUUUCUAUAUUUGAGACCACAGCUGAAAAACUAUGUUCAAAAUUUUACAGAACUUAAAUUGUAAGACCUGCCUAUUAGUUCUUCAGUGUAACAGAAGUUCAGGUUGUACUUUACUGUCAUUCACCCAUAUGCUAUAAAAACACAUGGAGGAACAAAAUGUCAUUUCCCCCAGACUCUCACAACAGAGGACAUACAAUAAAUGCAGACAAGCUGUUUCUGAGUUUGCUCUUGGACAGGUUCUUCAUUGUCAACUUAAGCCACUCUUGGAUCUUAAUUAACAUUAUAAAUGGGCACUCCAGAAAAAGAAAGUGCUGCACAAUAAAAUAACUAUCAACCAAAGUGGUGAGAAUCAUAGUCAGUUGGCCUGCUAAGUAGUUAAUUGUACAAUUGAAGGAGAUCUUGUGUGUUCCAAUUGUUAUUAAUGCAGUGAUUUUUUUUCCAUGUCUGUGAAUCUACAGCCCCACCCUCCAGUAUACAUUUCAUCUGACAUCCAAAUAUGCCCAGUGCAAUAGGAAACUGGUUAAAGAUCAGGAGCAGAUGAGCUUGCUGGUUGUAUUGAUUUGAUGCCAUGACCUUGCAAUUAAUUACAUGGUGUGCCCACUGACAGUAUAUUGUGACAUUUUGUAUAUUAUAAAAAUGUGCUAAUUUGUUACUUUUUGCUGUUUAAAUCAAUGUCUUUAAUACAAAUAUUUUAGUGCA